AUGGCAAUCAAUGGUCAGAAUGAGGAACUCAUGCGACGUAUUUUGGCAAGUCAACGGACAAUCAUUGAACAAAAUCAAAAAAUAUUACAUCAACAAGAGCAGAAUAUAGCUAAAGAGCGCGGGGCACAGCUUGCUACCCGAGAGAAAAUCCCCCUUAUUUUAAAGCGUACUGUCCGUUUAGCAGUAAAAGGCUUAGAACAGGGAUGGGACUUAACUCAGAGUUUUAGAGCAACAGCUAAUGAAGACACCAACAAACUCCUGGUGACAAAUAUCAAGGCAUUGACUGGCAUGGAAAAGAUGUCAGAUCAGAUAAUUGAAAGAGCAAUGAAGGCACAUUUCUUGACAAUGCGGAGGAGACGCAAGGAGGUCGAUUCAGGGCAGAGAAGUAAUAUUUUGCAAAAUGAACGACGUCGCCAUCGCAAGGCAGAUAAACUUCGACGCCGGCUGGAUGCACUAUAUAAAACUACCUCUUGGCCUGAGGCUGAAAAGGCAGAAUUUAGAAAGGGGAUGAAAAUAUCAUGUAUGUCUCCCGAGCACAGCGAGGAAGAGGUAAUUGAAAGAGAUGACGAGUCCGAAUCCGACGAUGACGCUUUGGGUACGAAGAAAAUAUUAAAAACCCGCCCAUUGUCAUGGCGUAGCGAGAGAUUCCAAAGCGUGUUGGAAAGCUUGGACCGGAAAUAUACCAGGCGAAUUUCGGAGAAGGCUCGCUCCAUGUUCAAAGAAAGAAUUAUGGGCGAAAGAAUGGUUUGUUUGCCACCAAGUGACAUCCCUGAUUGGAUGAUUAAAAAUUAG